UCGAUGCAUUUUUGUAAAUGAAACUUCCCUUCUCAUUUUUCAUUUUUGGGCGGGGAAAAGAAGCUCUCCGCCGAAACAACGUGAAACAAAGUGAGAUGACUUAAGGAGAUUUUGUAACGUCAGUACAAAACUGGUUGAGAUAUAAGAUUAAUUCCUGCUGAAUUUAGCGACUAUAUCUAUUUUGUGUAUGCGGCUUACUAAAACAUAUGUUGCAUAAAGUUACGUGUUAUUACUUGAUAUAGUUUUUGAGUGUGCUUUACAACAGUUUGAAAAAUCGCUGGCUCAUAUAGUUAGUUUAAACUCCAUUUCAUCAUAUUUUGCAAAAUUAAUGAUAACAUAUGGCAUGACACAACGUGCAGUUAAAAAGUUAUUUAAUAUUUCAAAGGUACAAUCAAAACUGAUCUGAUUUGUUUUCAUAAUAUGUCAUUUAUUUGGGAUCAAAACGUGCAAAGUGAUGGCAGCAAUGAAGAAUUUGAGUUGAAUGAUGAAAGUUUUGGAGGCGCCAAAUCAGGUCAGAAAGGGAGUCGAAAUCAGUUGCAGAAAAAAUCAGAACCAAGUGAGCACAAUGCUAAUUUCGAAGACACUUCUAGUGAGUCAAUUGAAAACAUCUCAAUUCCCAUUGUCACCAACGAACUGGAACCCUCAGUCUGGACCAAAGUGUCCCGUCUAGUUAGAAACGUAAUCCUAUUUCCAACUAAAGCAACAGUUAUUCUAGGCGUUCUAGCUUUUGUAUGGCUCAUAUGCUGCAUGUCAUGGGUCGGUUAUGGACUCACCAACGACCAUUACUGUCCAGCAGAUCCCCGAAUUCCCCAGGUCAUUGCAUGGCACGGGAUCCUGUGGGUUGCAUUUUCGGCUUACAUCAUUGUUAGGCUAAUUUGGGUGGAGAUUAACUCGAUUAAAACUCCCACGUGUACUU